AUGGCUUCGCGACCGGAACUGAAGGUAGACGACGAGGGGGGCUUUAUCCGAUUCUUCCGAUCACUUCCAGCCAAAGAUGACUCCUCCACAAUUCGCGUCUUCGAUAGGGGCGACUUCUUCACUGCCCAUGGCCCCGAUGCCGAGUACAUCGCUCGGGCAGUCUAUAAAACCACCUCUGUUCUCAAGUCCCUUGGGCGCAGUGAUACAGGCGGCUUACCUUCGGUAACCAUGACUGUGACCGUUUUCCGCAACUUUCUACGCGAAGCCCUUUUUCGAUUAAGCAUGAGAGUGGAGAUCUGGGCGUCCCAGGGAGGCGGGAAGGCGAACUGGAAACUGGCCAAGCAAGCUAGCCCGGGCAAUCUCCAAGACGUUGAGGAAGAACUGGGAGCUGGUGGUGUGGCAAUGGAUUCAGCACCAAUCAUCCUUGCAGUUAAAAUAUCCGCUAAAGCGUCUGAAACAAGGCAGGUCGGCGUCUGUUUUGCUGAUGCCAGUGUCAGGGAGCUGGGCGUGAGUGAGUUCGUAGAUAACGAUCUCUAUUCCAACUUCGAGUCCCUGGUCAUUCAGCUAGGAGUCAAGGAGUGUUUGAUUACCGCGGAGACGCAAAAGAAAGACGUUGAGCUGGGAAAAUUGCGAUCUAUUUUAGAUAGUUGCGGAAUCGCUAUUUCGCAGCGCCCUAUGGCUGAUUUCGGGACAAAGGAUAUCGAGCAGGAUCUUUCAAGGUUGUUGAGAGAUGAGAGAGCUGCUGGGGCAUUACCGCAAACAGAUUUGAAAUUGGCGAUGGGGUCUGCUGCAGCUUUGAUCAAGUACCUUGGCGCCAUGUCUGACGCAACAAAUUUCGGCCAAUAUCAGCUAUACCAGCAUGAUUUAUCGCAAUACAUGAAGCUAGAUGCUCCGGCACUCAGAGCAUUGAACUUAAUGCCUGGCCCACGGGAUGGCGCGAAAAAUAUGAGUCUGUAUGGGUUGUUGAACCACUGCAAAACUCCAGCGGGGAGCCGAUUAUUAGCCCAAUGGCUAAAACAGCCCCUAAUGAACCAUGAGGAUAUCGAAAAACGGCAGCAACUAGUGGAAGCCUUCGUAGUUGAUACGGAGCUCAGACAAACCAUGCAAGAAGAUCAUCUACGAUCCAUCCCCGAUCUUUACCGACUUGCGAAACGAUUCCAACGCAAUCUGGCCAAUCUGGAGGAUGUGGUUAGAGUAUAUCAGGUUGUGAUCAGAUUGCCUGGAUUUAUCAACACGCUUGAAAGUGUCAUGGAUGAGCAAUAUCAAGGUCCCCUCGAGGCGGAGUAUACCGCCAAACUACGCAAUCUCUCAGAUAGUUUCAGCAAACUUGCGGAGAUGGUUGAGACUACAGUAGAUUUGGAUGCGCUGGAUAAUCACGAAUUCAUAAUCAAACCGGAAUUCGACGGUAGUCUCCGGAUCAUCAGAAAGAAGCUCGACAAGUUGAAGCAUGAUAUGGACGUGGAACAUAAGAUUGUGGGAAAAAACCUAAAUCAAGAUACGGACAAAAAACUAUUUCUUGAAAAUCACCGUGUCCAUGGAUGGUGCUUCAGGCUGACACGAAAUGAGGCCGGUUGUAUUCGAAACAAGCGAGAAUACCAAGAGUGUUCGACACAGAAGAACGGCGUAUAUUUCACGACAUCGACAAUGCAAUCCUUCAGACGAGAGCACGACCAGCUUUCUUCAAACUAUAAUCGAACCCAGACCGGCCUAGUGCAGGAAGUGGUAAACGUUGCAGCGUCCUACUGCCCAUUGUUGGAACAGCUGGCCAGCGUUCUAGCGCAUCUUGAUGUGAUCGUCAGUUUUGCUCAUGUAUCCGUUCAUGCGCCUACGGCAUACGUAAGACCCAAAAUCCACCCUCGAGGAACAGGAAAUACGGUCUUAAAGGAAGCUCGUCAUCCAUGUAUGGAGAUGCAAGACGACAUAUCUUUCAUCACGAACGAUGUUUUCCUGUUACGUAACGAGUCAUCGUUUCUCAUCAUUACGGGCCCCAAUAUGGGUGGUAAGUCUACCUACAUUCGACAAAUAGGCGUGAUCGCUCUCAUGGCGCAAACCGGUUGUUUUGUGCCAUGUUCCGAAGCUGAACUCACUAUUUUCGAUUCUAUCCUUGCUCGAGUGGGUGCCAGUGAUUCUCAACUUAAAGGAGUCUCAACGUUCAUGGCGGAAAUGCUUGAAACCGCCAAUAUAUUGAAAUCAGCGACGUCAGAGUCCCUAAUCAUCAUUGAUGAGCUGGGUCGCGGGACGAGCACUUAUGAUGGUUUUGGUCUCGCCUGGGCAAUAUCCGAGCACAUCGUCACGGAAAUCAGAUGUUUCGCGUUGUUCGCCACCCAUUUCCAUGAGCUAACAGCGCUGCAAGAGCAGUACCCCAAUUCGGUGAAAAAUCUGCACGUUGUAGCCUUUAUUGGUAACGGGACAGAGCAAAAGGAGAAUGAUAGUACUGGCAAAUCGAAGCGAGAGGUUACCCUUCUAUACAGGGUAGAGCCGGGUGUUUGUGAUCAGUCAUUUGGCAUCCAUGUGGCCGAGCUGGUUCGCUUCCCAGAAAAGGUUGUGAACAUGGCACGCCAAAAAGCGGAGGAGUUGGAAGAUUUCACUUCGAGCACCAUCGACAAUGCACAACAGUCAGCCACCUUAGAUGGGUACUCCGCGGAAGAAGUCGCGGAAGGGAGUGCUUUGUUAAAAGCAAUGCUGCUGAAGUGGAAAGCCAAGUUAGAAGAGCCGGGCAAUGAAAGCCUUACCAUGGAGGAGAAGACGAAGAUAAUGCAGGAUUUGGUACAAGCAGAUGACAAGCUACGGGCCAACAAGGUAUUUCAGGGUAUUAAGGCCCUAUGA